UUAUCAUUCUUUAUAUUAGAUUUUUAACAAGCUUAAGUUACAAAAACCAAAUGAAUUGGACAAGAAACUAGUGCCCAUACCCGGUGAUGCCGUUGUGCCAUUUUUGGGCAUUACACCCGAAUAUCAAAAGAUAAUGGAAAAUGUUUCCAUUGUUUUUCACUGCGCUGCUACAGUACGAUUUGAUGAACCCUUAAGGGAUGCGCUAAGAGUAAAUGUAGGAGGUACUUUGGAAACUCUUAGAUUUGCCGAAACCCUUAAGCAUUUGAAAGUGUUUAUGCAUGUUUCGACAUUCUUCAGUAAUCCUUAUGUGGAGUAUGUGGAAGAGAGAGUUUAUGAAUCACCAAUGAAUUGGAGGUUUUGCUUGGAUUUGUUAAAUAGAAAGGACAUUCCGGAAGAACUAUUGGAUGUGAUUACGAGAAAGCUAAUUAUAGGUUUUCCAAAUACAUAUUGUUUCACAAAAAAUAUGGCGGAAUCUUUGGUAAAUGACUUUAAAGAUAAGUUGCCGGUGGGAAUUUACCGACCAUCUGUAGUUUUGUUUGCCAUUGAGGAACCGGAACCAGGGUAUUCGCCUUCUUUAAUGGGUGCUAUGGGUUUAUUUGCCCUUGCAGCGGCUGGUAUUUUAAAGGGCCUUCAUAUUGACAAAAGAACUAGAAUCGACUUGUCACCACAAGAUGUUUGCGUCAAGACUUUGUGUUAUUAUGCCUACAAAACGGCUCAAUUGUAUAAAAAUAAACCAGAUAAAAUACCGGUUUAUAAUGGAUCAUCUUGUACCCAUACCGAAGUAACAUUUUGUCAGUAUAUUGACAUCAUGGAAAAUUAUAAUCUUUGGCUUGAAGCGCCUUUUGAGAAAAACUUUCUAAUACCUGGUGUAUAUUACACGAAUAAUAGUCUUUUGUAUUUCAUUUUGGUUUUAUUUUUACAUCUUUUGCCUUCACUAUUGGCCGAUUUUGGUUUGAUAUUAAGUGGACGAAAACCUGCUCUUAUGCGGGUACACCGCAAGAUGUUUAUUACUUUGGAAGUUUUGAAGCCUUUUCUUUUUAAUAACUAUUUUAGUGCGGGCAUAACACAUGCCGAAGAAAUGUUGAAAAUUUUAAAAGGUACGGAUUUUGAUGUGGAUGUAAUACUGGCUGGUAAAUACUAUUUUAAAAAUGUUGGAUUUUGCUUUCCAAUGGUGUAUAGCAUAAGAAAACAUUUGUUUAAGGAAGAUCCAAAGACCAUACCAAGAAGCAGGAAAAUACUAAAAAUCAAAAUUUUUAUUUACAAUAUCAUCAAAAUAUUCCUAGCUUUUCACAUUUCCGGCAAACUAGCGGGACAUUUGAAAUAUUUUUAUGAAAAUAGACUGCCUGAAAUUUUUAAUCCUAACUUAUUUUGCCAUAAUGAAUUAAAACUUGUCAAUUUCAAUUAAGAUCUUGAAAAAUUUAUACAAAAUCCUUUGUUGAUAAUACUAUAAAACAAUUAAAGAGGCUUCAUAUUAUAUAAU